AAAAGUAGUAAAUACACUGGAAAAUUCAAUUCAGUGAGUACAAAGGUAUAAAAAUCAGAAACUUUGAUUUUAUCAAAUAAUUAUGUCACUUGCUGACGAGUUGUUAGCUGAUUUAGAAGAAAAUGAUGAUGGGGAACUUGAAUCUGUUAUCGAAAGUAAAACAUCGAACGAAGCUUCACACGAGUUCGCUGUACCUUACCCUGUUAUUCCUAAAGAAGAAGAAAUAAAAAAUGUUUCGAUACGAGAGUUAGCAAAACUCAGAGACUCUGAUCGUCUCAAACGAGUAAUGAUCGAAGUUGAGCAGAACGUGGGAAAUAAUAGAAAGAAAAUUGAUGUAAUGGGAUUGAUGGAGUCUGAUCCUGAGUAUCAAUUGAUAGUGGAGGCUAAUAAUAUUGCUGCUGAGAUUGAUGGUGAAAUUGCUAUUAUCCACAGAUUUGUCCGAGAUAAAUACCAAAAAAGGUUCCCAGAAUUGGAAUCAUUGAUUGUUACUCCUCUCGAGUAUAUCCGUUCGGUGAAAGAACUUGGAAAUGACCUAGAUCGAGCCAAAAACAAUGAGACUCUACAAAGUUUUUUGACACAAGCAACUAUUAUGAUAGUUUCUGUGACUGCAUCAACUACUCAGGGAAAGCUAUUGUCUGAUAAUGAACUUGCUGAAAUAUAUGAAGCUUGUGAUAUGGCUGCAGAACUUAACACUUUCAAAUCGAAGAUCUAUGAAUAUGUUGAAAGUCGUAUGACAUUUAUUGCUCCAAAUAUUACAGCUAUUGUUGGGGCGUCAACAGCUGCUAAAAUAUUAGGUAUUGCCGGUGGUCUCUCAAAACUAUCCAAAAUGCCAGCAUGUAAUGUACUGACACUUGGUCAACAGAAGAAAACUCUUUCUGGAUUCUCACAGGCUGCAGCACUGCCCCAUACUGGUUUUAUUUAUUUCUCACAAAUAGUUCAAGAUACUCCACCUGAAUUAAGAUUCAAGGCUGCCAAGUUGGUGUCAACAAAGCUUACUUUGGCAUCUAGAGUUGAUGCUUGUCAUGACUCCACUGAUGGACACAUUGGGCGACAACUUCGAGAAGAAAUUGAAAAGAAACUAGACAAGUUGCAGGAACCACCGCCGGUGAAAUUCGUAAAGCCCCUCCCUAAACCGAUAGAGCAGAGUCGCAAGAAGCGCGGCGGGAAGCGCGUGCGCAAGAUGAAGGAACGAUACGCGAUGACGGAGUUCAGAAAAAACGCGAACAGGCUCAACUUUGCUGACAUUGAAGACGACGCGUAUCAAGAAGACCUUGGCUACACUCGCGGUACGAUCGGCAAGUCGAGCACCGGCCGCGUCCGUCUACCGCAAAUUGACGAGAAGACGAAGGUGCGGAUCAGCAAGACCCUGCAGAAGAACCUGCAGAAGCAAAAUCAACAGUAUGGUGGCGCUACCAGUAUUAGAAGGCAGGUGUCGGGUACGGCGUCUUCCGUGGCUUUCACGCCACUCCAGGGUUUGGAGAUAGUGAAUCCGCAGGCAGCUGAAACAAGAGUGAACGAAGCGAAUGCAAAAUACUUCUCCAACACAUCGGGAUUUUUAUCCGUCGGAAAGAAAACCACCUGAUAGUAUCCACCUUUAUAUAAUGUAAUUAAUUUUAGUGACAUUUUAAGUUUAACCUUCUGUGAUUGUCAAAAUUGUAAUUUUAAAUAAAGAAUUAUCA